UUUGUUUUCAGAUUGUUACAACCGUGUUCCCGCGAAACGCAUACCGCUGCUACUGAGAAUAAAAAGAAGAAGCACUUUACUUAACUCAAGCGGCAACAUUUAUGAGUUCUGCUGGAAAGUUAUGUGCUUGGAAAGAUUUCAUGAAGAGUUGUGAAAAUAAAGCUAAAGAGUAUAUAUUUACCAUCAGUUGUGAAGUUUUUAAAUGUUAAUUGAGUAGAAUUAUUUAUUAAACACAUUAAUAAUGGCUGCAGUUGGUGAGUUAAAUACAGGUGAUAUUUCUGACGUAGAUGUAAAGCCCCCGCCAGCGAAAUCCACGAGUCUUGCCAGUGAUUUGCGUCAAUUUCGUCUAAACAAAUCAGCAAAUCCUACAAUCAAUAAGACAGAACGUGUGCCAGGUAAAAAACGAAUACAGGUAAUGGCGGAUAGUGACAGCGAUGGUGCAGCUGACAUUCAUACACCAAAAAAAGUAAAGUUGGAGUUAUCUGUCAAGGAAAAGGAAGACAGAUACUUAGCGGCUGUGAAAAUAGCACCCGACUACGAUGCUAUGGAUAUACAAGAUGCCCUUGUUCGUAACGGCUGGAACGUUUCCGAGGCAUUGCGUUAUUUAAAAGAAAAUUUCAAGCCAAAACCGAAUUCGUACGCAAAGAAAACAAUACAAACAAAUAAUGCCCGCAGCAAUAGCAAACCUUCGCAAAAUGGCAGCUCUUCUCGUUCCAAAGCGCAGAACUAUUCCGAUUGUGAUGAUUCUGAUGACGAUAUACGCGCUUCCACUGAUCAAGUAUACGACAGUGAAGAAAGCGAUACAGAAAGUUCAACCGUAAUGACAGGACAAAGGAAAAAGGUGUUUGAUUUCAUGAAUAAAGCCACAUUAAUGGAACUGCAGACAGUGAAAACGUUGUCCGAAAAGAAAGCAAGCCUAAUUAUGGAAUUGCGUCCAUUCAAAGAUUGGAAGGACCUUCUAAAGAAGUUGGAAUCGAAUAAGGCGCUGUCAGCAGAUCUACUAAAUAUGGCACAGGAAUUGAUUAACAAACAAAAUAAUGUGGCUAAUAUAUUAGAAAAAUGUAACAAAAUGGUAAAGCGUUUAGAGGCUGCAAUUGAAACUGGUGCAGGCAUAGUGGAGCAGCCAAAAAUACUUAAUGACGAAAUGAAACUAGCGGAUUAUCAAAUGAUUGGUCUCAACUGGCUAACAGUGAUGCAUAAUCAAAAAAUGAACGGCAUUCUCGCUGAUGAGAUGGGUCUUGGAAAAACUAUACAGAUUAUAGCUUUUCUGGCAUAUCUUAAAGAGAACAAUUUGGCUAAAGGCGCACAUUUAAUUGUUGUGCCAUCUUCCACGCUUGACAAUUGGGAAGCAGAAAUAAGUAAAUGGUGUCCAAGUUUAGUUGUGGAAAAAUAUCACGGCUCACAAGACGAACGAAGGCGCAUGCGUGUGCGUUACGCCAAAGACGGCUUCACCGGUUUUGACGUGCUGCUCACAACUUAUCACAUAGUCAGCUCAACGCCAGAGGAGUGCAAAAUGUUUCGUGUAUGCAAGUUGCAUUACGUGAUUUUUGAUGAGGCGCACAUGCUGAAAAACAUGACUACGCAACGUUAUGCGAAUUUAAUAAAAAUAAAUGCUGACAUGCGUAUUCUAUUAACUGGCACACCCUUACAAAACAAUUUACUGGAAUUAAUGUCACUACUUUGCUUUGUGAUGCCGUCGUUCUUCGCCAAAAGCAUUGAGGACAUAAAAAGCCUUUUCGCCAAGAAAGGCAAAGCAGAGAAUGCUAAUAAAGAUGUGUCACAGUUCCAGGAAACUCAAGUUGAGCGCGCUAAGCGUAUUAUGAAGCCUUUUGUGUUAAGGCGUCUUAAAAAGGACGUACUUAAUAAUUUGCCCAAAAAAGAGUCUUUUAUUGUCAAAGUUCCAUUGACUGAAAAGCAAAAACAGUACUACCACGAAUUAGUUGACUACUAUUCAAAUAAAAAAGGUGAAAUUUGUAGUGGUGAUCGCGCGGGUGUUACUAUAAUGAUGGAAAUGCGUAAAGUUGCCAAUCACCCGCUUUUAAUGCGUUACUAUUUUAGUGACGAUACACUGCGUGAUCUUUCCGAACGUUUAGCCUGCGCACCGUCACUGAAGAAAACCAAUCCACAAUAUAUAUUCGAAGAAUUGGCUGUAAUGUCUGAUUUCCAAGUGAUGCAGUUAUGUAAUAAGCAUGACCUCUAUGAUGUUACCAUACCGCCUAGCUUAAUUUGUAAUUCUGGCAAAUUUCAACAUCUUGACACACUGUUGCCAAAAUUGAAAGAGGAAGGUCAUCGCGUCCUAAUUUUUAGUCAGUUCACAAUGAUUUUAGAUAUUAUGGAACGUUACUUGAAGAUAAGAAAACAUGGGUUUUUCCGACUCGAUGGUUCGACUGCUGUCGACGAACGUCAAGAUAUGAUAAACGACUUUAAUGCCGACUCCGAUAUAUUUAUAUUUUUACUUUCGACUAAAGCUGGUGGCGUAGGCAUUAAUCUAACGGCAGCUGACACAUGCAUUAUACAUGACAUUGAUUUCAAUCCAUAUAACGAUAAGCAGGCUGAGGAUCGUUGUCAUCGUAUGGGACAAACACGUCCUGUCACCAUAUAUCGGCUCAUCGCUGAGAGCACAAUUGAGGAGGGUAUGCAAAUGGUGGCAGAAGAGAAACUGAAAUUAGAAAAAGAGAUCACCGCAAACGAAAAGGGUGAAGUGCAUGAACAAAAAUGCGUUGUAAGGCUACUCACCAUGGCACUGGGUCUAGAUAAAGACGAGGAAGAACGUUUAAAUAACUCUAUGAACAACUCAUUGACUUCCCAGUAGAUUGGUGUGAACAAUUUAAUUCCAAUAUAAAGAAUGUAAGCAGUAAAGCAGCAUAAGAGUAUGUAAAGUUAGUUGGUCAUUUAUUGUAAUUUUUUAAAGUUUAAUUGUUCGAAUUGUAUUUGUAAACGUUGCGCGCAACAAUGAAUCACAUUCCUAAAAAAUGCCGAAUACACACAUUUGUGACGAGUUGUAGCGAUAAGAUCCAAAAUAUCCAAUUUACUUGCGUUGCUACACGUAAAGUUCAAAAUUUUCCAUGCAAGAAUUAUGUUUCUUUUAGUCAUCAUUCAGCGCUUGGCUAAAGGAGAGAUGUAAGCAAUAAUAAUUAUUGUUAAAGCAUGCUCAACUAAUAUAUUAAAUCGCUAAUUGCAACUAAAUUUGCACUUAAAAUUUUUAGUUGUGUCGGUCUCUCAGCAUCAAAACUCUCAAAUAUUUAUUUAUAUUGUUUUUUAUUUAUUGGUUCAAAGCAAAACUGUAAAUCAUAUUCAAUACGGAAUUUCAUAUGUUCGUUGCAACAGCAUUUGUCGAGCAAUUUGUGCUAAGAUAAAAGAAAAUAAUAAAUGGAAAGUAUGACAUCUAAAAAUAAAGGCUUAAAUUAUUAUAUACAUAAAGAAGUAAUUUUUUAAAAAAGUAAUAAAGUUGUACUCAAAUA